UUUUCUUUUAAUAUGUUCGACCACCCGAUACCUCGGGUUUUCCAGAACCGGUUCGUCACUCAGUAUCGCUGCUACUCUGUGUCCAUGCUGGCAGGGCCUAACGACCGCUCUGACGUGGAGAAAGGAGGAAAAAUUAUAAUGCCUCCAUCUGCACUGGACCAGCUCAGUCGAUUGAACAUCACUUAUCCCAUGCUUUUCAAACUCACCAACAAAAACUCAGACAGAAUGACGCACUGUGGUGUUCUCGAGUUUGUUGCAGAUGAAGGGAUAUGUUACCUGCCUCACUGGAUGAUGCAAAACUUGCUGCUGGAAGAGGGAGGACUGGUACAAGUGGAAAGUGUCAACUUACAAGUGGCCACCUACUCCAAAUUUCAACCGCAGAGCCCUGACUUUCUAGAUAUCACCAACCCAAAAGCAGUAUUAGAAAAUGCCUUGAGGAACUUCGCAUGUCUUACAACAGGGGAUGUCAUUGCCAUCAACUAUAAUGAGAAGAUUUAUGAGCUGCGAGUCAUGGAGACAAAACCUGACAAAGCAGUGUCUAUCAUAGAGUGCGACAUGAAUGUGGAUUUUGAUGCACCGUUGGGUUACAAGGAGCCAGAGAGGCACACACAGCAGGAUGAACCAACGGACAUCGAACCAGACCACAGUGAGUACGUAGCAGAUGUGGGCUUCAGGGCAUUCACUGGUUCUGGGAAUAGAUUGGAUGGAAAGAAGAAGGGAAUUGAUCCUAGUCCUUCACCUUUAAAACCAGGCGAAAUACGGAGGGGAAUUCCUAACUAUGACUUUAAGAUUGGAACAAUAACUUUUAUCAGAAACUCCCGUCCACAAGCAAAGCGAGUGGAAGAAGAUGAUGCUGCGAGUCACUUCAUCGCGUUUUCUGGAGAAGGACAGUCCUUGAGAAAGAAGGGCAGAAAACCCUAAUUGACUGUUUGAACUGACUGAAUAAAAUAAUAAGCUUGUGGAUCAUUUGUUUGAUGUCUUCAUGCAAGCAGCAGAUGAUACCCCUGCUAACUCUACAUAAAGUAGUGUGCGUAAGCGGUAGUAUUUUUGUUACAGAGGCUUCUAAAACGGGACAGAGUGAGUUACUCUGCUCAUCUACCUGUUAUUUCUAUAGUUUUUGGGGCUCAGAUGGCCAUGGUCUCUGUAAUUAUUCAUUGGUUGUUAGCGGAGCCACCAGUUAAAAUCUUACGUACACCAUCCACAACACUCAAGACAAUCUUUUUUUCCAGUAAGAAUUUCCUAUUUAUCUCCUCCAGCAUGUAAAGAGAGACAAAAUGUUGGAGGAACGCUUAAUGAACCCUUUAGGGCAAAUAAUGUACACAGAAUUAUAAGAAAAAGGCUGACAAACCAUAGCAGGGAUGCCAUGUAGAAAAUAAUGCAGUGCAUUUGUAAAAUAAAAUGCUUAAUAUUG